UGAGGCGAAAAAGGUAAGGGAAAGACAUGCAUGCAUUGGCAAUGGUAAUGCGUGGAGAAGGGUUGUGGAAGCGAAUUGUGCGUUGAACGGCUGGUUUGCGUUUGAGAUGGAAGAGUGGAGAGUAACAAAAAAGAAGAACUUCAACAACUUUCUCUCUCCCCAUUCUGUCACCGUAUCCAUUGCCACUCCUUAUUUUGCAGAGUUUCCCCCACAGAGAAUCAACCUGAGGAGAAUCCACAGCAACAGCAACAAUGUCUGUCAUCGACAUUCUCUUCCGCGUCGAUACCAUUUGUCACAAAUAUGACAAAUACGACAUCGACAAGCAGCGCGAGCAAAACGCCUAUGGCGACGACGCCUUUGCUCGCCUCUAUGCAGCUGUCGAAUCCAGCAUUCAGACCGCUCUCAACAAAUCGGAGGCUGCUUCCACGGAGACCAACAGGGCAGUUGCUGCGGCUUUGAAUGCGGAGGUUCGUCGGACAAAGGGUAGACUCAUGGACGAGAUUCCUAGACUGCGCAAAUUACUGCAUAAGAAGGUUAAAGGUCUCACAAAAGAGGAUAUGGCCAUUCGUCAGGAUCUUGUUCUGGCAUUGCCCGAGAGAAUCCAAGCAAUACCUGAUGGUAUUUCUGGUGCUUCUAUUCAAACUGCAGGAUGGACUGCUGACUCAUCUCAGCCAUAUAUCAAGUUUGACUCAGAGGGACAACAUGAUACUGAAUAUUUCCAACAAAGUGAAGAAUCCAGUCAGUUCCGACAAGAGUAUGAGAUGCGCAGGAAGAAACAGGAUGAAGGACUUGAUAUCAUAUCGGAGGGAUUGGAUACCUUGAAGGAACUGGCCCAAGAUAUGAAUGAGGAAUUGGAUCGGCAAGUUCCACUAAUGGACGAAAUUGACAAAAAGGUGGAUAAGACAACAGCUGAACUGAGAAACACUAACGUGAAGCUGAAGAAAACUCUCAACGAGAUAAGGUCUAGUCGAAACUUUGUCAUCGACAUCAUUCUACUCUGUGUUCUUCUUGGAAUCGUUAUGUAUUUAUACAAGUAA